UGCGAUAUUAUUAUUAUUAUCUCACAACACGACGCGCUUUAUCCACUAUAGCGGGUAAUUCCUGGAUCGACAGAGCAACCGGCUCAGCAGGUUACUCCAGAAAUCCCAGUAUAAAUGUAUAAAGCCCGUUCUGUACGCUUCUCAAGGCAUUUUUCUUAUUUUAAUUUAUCAAUCUCAUCUUCAUCUCCAAUAUCUGCUUCUCACCGUAGAUCUCUUUCGAUUUUGAUUCUGAAGUUAUAAGACGUGGAUGAUGGCAGAUAAUGAGGAAGGAGUAGAGGAGAAUACCUCGCGGGGAAAUGAAUGGGAAGUUGUUUCACUUACGGCAUCCACAUAUGAUGCUGCUCCUGGUCCAAAAGAAGUGGAACUGAAGGAUGAGGAAAACAAGGAUAAGGUAUAUGGAGAUGAAGCAGAAUCUUCUCGUGCUUCUUUGUUCUUCUCUCGUCACUUUGUCUUUCCACCUAGCCAACAUGAGAAUUUACCCUUGGAGCCUGAUAAUAGUGAGAUUCUCAAUGAAGAAGUUGGGAAGAAUGUUGUCUCUGAACUUGGUGUUGAAGAAGGUGAUAAAUUUGGCAGAAAGGAUGAAGAGAACCAGCCAUUCAAGGGGUUGCAUGUAUCUGAAGAGAUUCCUGGGUUACAGUUUUCUGAUGGAAAGGCCAUAUCUGGGUCAGAAUUUGAAGAAAGCACAACUUUGCAAGAGUUAGGUCUAAUUGAGAAGGAGCAGAGUAUAUACAACACAGAUGCAUUUAAUCCUUUCCAUAGUGAAACUGAACAUGAUGGAUCAGACACAUAUGGGGAGAGCCUGGGUAUUUCUAUUGCAAAUGAACAGUCAGAACAGGGAUCAGACUUCUCUACUGACAUUUCUCACUCCCCUAAGGCUGUCAAAUAUGAUGGAUCCAACCUUCCAUGUGAAGCUUGGUGGAAGAGAAGGGCAGCUUCCUUGUAUAGUCAUGCUAAAGAGACAAAUGCAUUAUGGUCCAUUUUUGUUGCAGCAGCUGUUAUGGGACUUGUAAUUAUUGGCCAGCGCUGGCAACAGGAAAGGUGGCGGGCUUUGCAACUCAAGUGGCAAGCCAACAUUAAUGAGAAAACUGGUAGGAUUCUGGGGCCUAUAUCACGACUUAAGGAUGUGAUUGUGGGGGGCCAUCGACGUGGAACAUUUAUCAGGGGAGGUUCCUCAAGUGAGAAUUAAGAUGGAGUUCCUGGGGUGAGAACCAAGAUGAUGACGAAAAGAACAGUGAGAGUCUGUCAGGGUGGGUUAUUAUUGUAUGUUGCUCCGUGGUUGACCUAUUUUUCUGAUGACAAAGCUGCAUAUUAAAAGUUGGUGGCGGUUGUGUUUGUAAUUAUGGUGGCAUAUUUGUUUCAUGGUUUAGUAUGGCAUUUUAUAUUGGUUUGGUGA